UCAGUUGCUAUCGAGUUUUUAGUUUGAAAUUGAAUUUACCAUGUCAUUUAAAAAUGGUUUUGCUUAAACAUAAAUUGACUAUAAUUAUAAUUGUUUGGUAUUUUUUUAGCUGUACAACUCUUUUUCUUAACAAAUACAUUCUUUCCUACCUCAAUGGAGACCCAACAAUAUUAGGUUCUCUCCAGUUGAUUAUUUGUGCCAUUUGUGGUUACGCUCAUCUUCAAUUUCCAACUAGUUUUUUGGCAACAAAUCCGAUAAAGGAUGAAGUUCGUAAGCCCGUUUCAUGGGACAAUUUUUCUAGUAAUCUUAUUCUAAUAGGAUGUUUAAGGUAUUCCACUAUCAUUUUAGGUUUAUACGCUCUUUGGUAUGUCCCUGUUUCUUUUGCUGAGACAGUUAAAAGUUCAGCGCCAGUUUUCACUGUGUUCAUUUCAUGGAUUUUAAUUGGCGAAACAACCACUACUUUUACCAAACUUUCUUUAAUACCUGUUAUGUCUGGAUUAGCUAUUUGUUCAGCUUAUGAAUUAAGCUUCAGUUUUACCGGCUUAGUUGUUUCACUAUCAACAAACCUAUCUGAAUGUCUACAAAAUGUUUAUUCCAAAAAGCUACUUCGUUUUCAUGAGCCAGCUGAAAUGCAAUUUUAUUCAAGCACUUCGUCGUUAUUGUUGCAGAUUCCAUGCAUAUUUUUUAUGGUCGACUUUGGUCAAGUUUGGAAUGCUUUAAUGGAGGACAGUAAUCUAUGUUUGUCGUUUUUGUUGAGCGGUAUUUCCUUUCAUCUUCAAAGUUUAUCUGAAUAUUUAUUAUUGAAUUUUAUAUCACCAGUUACUCAUAGUGUUGCAAAUACAGCUAAAAGAGCGCUUUUGAUCUGGCUAUCUGUGAUAAUUUUUAGCAAUCCAGUGACGUACCUAAGUUGGCUUGGAACUGCAAUUGUAAUUUUGGGUGUCCUUUUGUACAACAAGGCACGAUCUUAUGACGGGAAAACAACGAAUCUGGUUUACAAGAGCAUCGACCCUUCUCAUAUUAUUUAACAAAGAUUUUUUAAUUUCUGAAGUGUAGAGUUUUCUAUUUUUAAUCUCUAAACGGUGAAACGAAUGAGAUGCUUUUACCAAUGAAUGUGGAUAAAAUUUAACCGGCAUCCACAAUCGAAUUUGUUAAUCAAAGUUUAUUUACCUUGUGAUAAUCUCUAUUUUUGACCCCAUGACCAAAGAAACUAAAAGUAGAGAAGAAGAUAACUAAUAAAUCCUGACAAUUUUUUCAUAUAAACACAUUCCCAAAAUCAUUAUACAACCAUGUAACUGUGAUUAAUAUUGACAAGGUUGAAGAAUGAAAACUAUCUUAAUAUGAAA